UCACCUAUUUAGAUUGAAAUGACUAGAGGAAGUAGUUUGACAUUUAUACCGAUAGCCUUGACGUUGAACAGAGAACGUAGCGAGGACUUGAAAGGGCACAGGAGAAGACGAAGACCGUCUUCACUCUUCCUUUCUCCGAUAUUCAAAGGUGAAAUUUGUCGUUCGUGUAGAGUUCUUCAUGGAGCAAGAAGUAAUCUACAAGAAACAGAGAAGCGGCAGGAGAACUGCAAAGUCACCAGUGUUUCGGAUACUCUGGACUGCCAACACUUUUCUUUCUGUGACGGUUGUUUGUUGGCACAAAGCUUAACCACUCCCCCUUGUUCUAAGAAAAUUGAAGAAUACUUUUGGAAACAGAAAGUACGAGUGUUGUUUCACUCUGAUACGCCAGUCCAUGGUUGGCGCUCUGUUGCACGACUGGCUGUAAGACGAGAUGACAAGGGUAGAACUAGAAUAGGUUUGUUCAAGGAAGACUCCCACAGUGUGGUUGAGAUUCCUCACUGCCGGGUGCAUCAUCCUCUGAUAAACGGUGAAAUGGAAACAGUGAAAAAGGCAAUGAAGGAGACAGGUGUCAGUGGCUAUGAUGAAGAUAGAGAAGAAGGGCAGUUGAGAUAUAUUCAGAUGUCAGUAGAACACCGUUCACAAACUUUGCAAGCAGCUUUUGUUUGGCAUGCGCCUAGACUAAAGGAGGCAGGUCCGUUAUGUAAGCGCUUCAUGCGCAGUCUGGAAAGAUCAAGUUCGAAGUUUCAUUCGCUUUGGUUGAAUUUUAACACUUCUCGUGGAAAUAGAAUUUUCAAUUUUGAUCAGUCAAGCUGGCUUUUGUACAGUGGUAAGCGCUAUGCGUUAGAAUCUAUCGGUGGUGUCAACAUAUAUUUUCCCCCUUAUGUUUUUCGUCAGUCAAAUAUAGAAAUGCUAAAAGAACUUGUUAAAGAAAUCAGCAAAUAUAUCGAACCAAGAACAAAGGUGCUUGAAUUCUAUGCAGGAGUCGGUGCCAUUGGUAUUCCAGUGGCAUAUUUAUCCGGUGCGGAGCUUGUUGGAGCUUGUGAGCUAAAUGGGCUUUCCAAAGAGGCUUACUUGAAGGCUACAUGGGCUUUGACUCCUUCGCAAAGGCACAAUGCUGAAUUUUUUAUAGGAACUGCAGCCGCUCAUCGUGACAAGCUCAGAUUCUCUGAAGUCAUUAUUGUCGACCCACCUCGGAGUGGAAUGGAUUAUGCCUUGGCUGCACGUUUAAGUUCAGUUAGGGACAAUGAUAUUAUUAAACGAAUCAUUUACGUGAGCUGCAAGUUUGAAAGUCUCCAACGUGACCUAGAAAUCAUUCAGCGUAACGGUAAAUGGACACUUCGAAAGGCAGAGGCAUUUCUGUUCUUUCCAGGAACUGAUCACUGGGAGCUAUUAUGCGUAUUAGACCGUAAAGUCUAGCGAGUGGAUAUUUUUUGGAACUGUUUAGCCAAGGCUUAGAGACAGAUCAAUGCUGUUAGCUUUUAGAACAUAGACCGAGAGUAUCGACAUAACAUUUGGGAAACUUCGAUAUGCAAAGGAAGCAAGGAAUGAAUAAUUCUUGUAUGUC